AUGUCUGAUUUCGUACUGGACGCAAUGCUUGAGGGGGAAAAUGAAGGAUCGUUUGAUGAUUCCUUGAAGGAGGACGUAGAGUUGGAACGUAUCAAGGAUAGGCUGAAGGAAGUAGAGGAAGAUGCUGGAAAGCUUCACAACAUAACUGCUCCUGAAAAGUCAAAUGAUCGUUCGAUGACCGAAGAAGAUAAGGCGGAAGUGGAUUUACGCUCAAUCUAUGUUGGAAAUGUCGAUUACGCUUCCACAGCCGACGAAUUGGAGGCCCACUUUCGUUGUUGCGGGGCGAUAAACCGUGUAACUAUUCAGGUCGAUAGGUUUACCGGCCAACCUAAAGGAUUUGCCUACAUCGAGUUCGAGAGUGCAGAUGCUAUUGAGGCUGCAGUUGCUCUUGAUGAUUCAAAUUUCAGAGGGCGUUCAAUUAAAGUGAUGCCAAAGCGAACCAACAUCCCCGGAAUAUCUACUACUUCGCGCGGUUUCAGACGACCUCGGCGUAGAUUUAAUCCUUAUGGAAUUAGAUUUAGUUACGCUAUGGCUAGACCGAGAAUUUCACGUUUCAGACGUCGUCGGACUUACUUCGGCACCCCAUACUAG